UCCGCCGUGAUGCAGUGAGUCCUGCUCUGUGUUGACUGGAAGCCGAAGUAAAGUAAACGGGGGAGGGUCUGCCGCUAACCCGGGGAGGGGGGACCGCCUGCUCUCAGCUAGUUACAAUGCGUCUUUCACGGUGUUGAGCGGUGUCGGAGAGCCAUGAGCCAACUUCGCCGGUCGCCUCCAAGCGGAACGAGCCACUCUUGAACCCCCGAAAACGAGUCCUCGUCGCGGCUGGUCGGAGGGGGGGAGAGAGCGAGCAUGAAGAAGCCGAGCUCCGCGCUCCCUGCUGACGGCUUGACUGGGAAAUGGUAGCGUGCUGUGGGGACCGCACUGGGAAGGACCAUGGUCGAGAGGAGCAGCAAAUUCUUGUUGAUCGUCGUCGGAUCCGUGUGUUUUAUGCUGAUUCUCUAUCAGUACGUGGCCCCAGGGGUGAUCAAUUUCGGCUCCCCGCACGGUUAUUUCACGGAAGAAGACGAGGGGGACAUCUUCCCCACUCCGGACCCCCACUACGUUAAGAAAUACUACUUCCCCGUCAGGGACCUGGAGAGGACGAUCGAUUUCCAAAUCAAAGGGGAGGACGUGAUCGUGUUCCUGCACAUCCAGAAGACCGGGGGGACUACCUUUGGACGGCACCUGGUCCAGAAUGUCCGCCUGGAGGUCCCCUGCGACUGCAGACCGGGCCAGAAGAAGUGUACCUGCUACCGGCCGAACCGCAAGGAGACCUGGCUCUUCUCCCGGUUCUCCACCGGCUGGAGCUGCGGCUUGCACGCCGACUGGACCGAGCUCACCAACUGCGUGCCGGGGGUCCUCAACAAGAAGGAGAACAAGCAGAAGAACCUGAGGAAGUUCUACUACAUCACGCUGCUGAGGGAUCCCGUGUCCCGCUACCUCAGCGAGUGGAGGCACGUGCAGCGGGGAGCCACGUGGAAAACGUCGCUGCACAUGUGCGACGGACGCACCCCGACACCCGAGGAGCUGCCGUCCUGCUACGAGGGGUCCGACUGGUCGGGAUGCACCCUGCAGCAGUUCAUGGACUGUCCCUACAACCUGGCCAACAACAGACAGGUGCGAAUGUUAGCGGACCUGAGCCUCGUCGGCUGCUACAACAUGUCAACGGUGCCGGAGAAGAAACGGGCCCAGCUUCUCCUGGAGUCGGCCAAGAAGAACCUGCGAGACAUGGCCUUCUUCGGUCUGACGGAGUACCAGAGGAAAACCCAGUUCCUCUUUGAGCGGACCUUCAGGUUGCGCUUCAUCAGGCCUUUCAUGCAGUACAACAGCACCCGGGCAGCCGGGGUGGACCUGGACAACGCCACGGUCCAGCGUAUAGAGGAGCUGAACGAGCUGGACAUGGAGCUUUACGACUACGCCAAGGACCUGUUCCAGCAGCGGUACCAGUACACCAGGCAGCAGGAGAGGCGGCAGCAGCGCAUCAAGAACCACCUGCAGCAGAGCCACCAGGGCCUGGGGCUGGGCGUGAGCCUGUGGCCCUCCCGCAGCCGGCAGAGCCUGGCGUCGGCGCUGGAGGACGGCGAGGGGGAGCGGGAGGAGAGGGAGGAGGGCGAGGAGGGCGGCAGAACGGAGGAGGCGGGCAGCAGGCUCCCCACGGAGGACUACAUGAACCAGAUCAUCAACCGCUGGUAGCAGCAGAACCAGAACAGACCGAGAUGCAUUUGUAAUGUGAAAUACACACACACACACACACACACACACACACACACACACACUCUCACACACAUAUUUACAUUGACAGAAAAGCGGCGCCCGCAUCCGGCGACCCAGAACUGACUGAGAAAACAGACUAAACCAGGGAGCCGGGCCGCAGGAAUCAGGGUCCAGGCGGUCGUGCUGUGGAAACCCGAGCUUGAUUGAUUGCGUCGGCUCACAUUAUUGAGGUUUGCCCCGUUGUUAUUAGCGCCUGCUUGCCCUCGCUCCUCCUCCUCCUCCCCCCCACCCCUCCCGCAUUUCGUUGUCUCUCCCAUCAUCAUUACUGACUGAGCGGAGGAGAGAUAUUUUUAAAGCUGCUGACAGCCGAGUAUCUCGACACCUCUCCCGCCUCUGCUACUCCUCCCGCGUUCCUUUUCCCUUCUCUGUGGCCUGAUAUGGAGCAUGAGGAAAUCAAAUUACGUCUGUGAAUUUCCCGCUAAUCCCUGCAAACGGACCAGUGUGCUUCCUGGACGCUCCGGUUUCAAAGGAACUGGGGGGAAAAGUGUGAAAGCGUGCCGACGGCAGGGCUGAACAAAGAGGCUGGUGGGAGUACAUGAGAGACUGGACUUGAAAAGGACGGAAGACGGAGAGAGAAAAAGUCUGACUCGGUUGUGUAAUAAAAGCUUUUUCUGCUUAAAAAAAAAAAAAAAAUCAGCCAUUUCAAACAUGAACAUGCUUCAGUCAUGAAAUCGUGGCAUCCUCAUUCUCAUUUUAGGAUGAUUUCAAUUGUAUUUUACUUUUAUGUUUAUGCUUUUUAAAAAGCAGAAUUGUAAUAACACUGAGACCAAUAUUGCUGCCUAAAGAAAAGUGAUUCCUUUAUUUCUUUAUUAUUAUUUGUUUUAUAAGUCAAAGGUAAUGGAUCGGAUUGAUGUACAAUGGACCAUAGCCAUUACCGAAGCCUUGCUUCGUGGGGGAGGGAGGGGGGAGGAAGGUUCCCGGAGCUCCUGUCACUUAACCAGUUCAUUAUUUCUCCUUUUCUCCCCAUUUUGUGGGUCUCGGUCCUGCAGAGAAUGACGGCCAAUUACAGAGCCCAGCCUCACACAGGUGCGAAGAAAUCAAAGACGGGGAGGGGAGAUGGAGGAGGGGGGGGGGGUCUGCUGUAGGCUGGAGAAACUGUGCUGCAUGAGCGGCAAGCGCUUCGGGAACCUUAACUCAGACAAAUGCUUGAGACGGGAGCGCAGGAACUACUGGUCACCAUGGCAAUGUGAGCCCUUAAUGUAGUGGGUGGCACUUUUCUCUUUCUCCUCUUUUUUUUUUUCUUUCUUUCUUUCUUUCUUUCUUUUUUUUACCCCGACGGCGUUGUAAAAAGCGGCGGUCUCGUACAAGCCUCUGCCUCACCUGCUGAAAGGGCUCACACAGCGCCGGUGACCCGUCGUUCCUCCGAGCGGUUCGGCCUGAAGAGCGGACAGGGCGAGGUAGCAGUGCCUCUAUGUACUGGGAUCAUAGUCUACAUACAUAUUGACAGAUAUUAUGUCUGCAUUAUACUACAGUAAUUUCUCUGACUACUUGUGUGUGUGUGUGUGUGUGUGUAUGUGUGUGUGUGUGUGUGUGUGUGUGUGUGUGUGUGUGUGUGUGUGUGUGUGUGUGUAAAUAGUAUGUACAGUAUGCCUUUGAUUGGCGUAUGUGUAUGCCUUUGUAAAUAGUGUGCCUGACUGACAGAAUGGUUGGUGUGUUUUGUGAAUGACUGGUUUCAUGACCAAUUAUAUUUUUUUUUGUUUGUUUGUUUGGGUGGCAGAGGGCGGAGGAACACAGUUUCUCCUGCAGGAUGUCGCUGCAGCGUGACCGUCACAGGGAUGCAAGCCAGUAAUACCCCCCCCCGAACGAUUCUCCCUCUUCUUGUCUCCUUCUCGUUACUUGUGCACAAAUCAGGACAGAAUCACUAAAUUUACCUAAAGACCUGAAUUGUUUUUAUGUUUUUUUUUUAAUUGAGGGAGUAGUUGUCGUGUGACCUGUUCGUGACCUUUCUGACUGAGUUACGUUAAGUUGAUGCAGACCACCUGAAGUAAUCACAUUUCUAUUUUUUUUAGACUGCGCUGCAGCUGCAGCUCACACCCUCAGAUGAAUUUUCCAGCCUCCAAAAGACUGAGCUGUUGACCAGGUCCAGGUUUAGCGCUGUGGUAUCUCAUUCUGGUCAUGAAAGCCUGCAGUCCUGCAUGUUUUACAUCGUGAAUCUAAUGAAUUUGUCAUCGUGGAGCUCCGCAGAACACCUGAUAACGAGACGCUCGUUACAGAUCCACCUGACUUGACUUGGAGCGCUGAAGUGCCAAAAACAUGCAGGAUUGUGGUUCUCCUUGUCCAGGAUUGGACAGCCUGAACGGUGUUUGAGUAAGUUUAUGGAGUGGCAAGGUCACAGAUGACGUUAAUGUGCGUUCAGUCUGCAGGAGCUGAAAUGCAUCUUUUGCCAUCUGUCUGUAUUUGACCAGUGAUUGUCAGAGAAGAGGAAUAUUUAACUACAGAUGAACUCAGCAUUUCCAAGCAAGGCUUUCAUUCAUAAAAUCAGUGUUGUGAAGUUAGCCGGUUUCAAUAAUUGUGCCCACCUUAUGAAAAAUAAGGCGAGGCUGUGAGCCACAUCUGCUCAAGCUCCAGAAGUAGUCGGGUCUAUCCCGUUGUGUUCCAGCUGCUGAACCUCACUAUUGUGAACAUUUCUCCUUUAAAAAAACAAAAACAAAAAAAAAAGUGAUUACGGCUUUAUGAGUUUUUAUUAUUUCCCUACAAGACUCGCAGAUUUAAUUGGAUGCAAUAAGGGAUUUAAAAUGAGUUUGAUGAAUCCCCCUAACCCUAUCUACAAACAAAGCAAUAAGAGGAGGAAACCAAUGAUAAAGAGGAGAGGAGAUUGCGAAAAAUGGGACGGGAGGAAGACGUGUCACAGCGGGAUCUAAUUAAACCGAAUGUAGUCCAGGUUCAACGUCAUUACUCAGAGGGUGCAUGUGACAACAGGCUGCUUUGGUAUUUAGAUGAAUAACAAUGCAAUCCCAUUUUAACAGUGGACUUUUUUUUUUCUUUUUUUAGAGGAACACUAAAAGAAAAAAGACAGAUUAGCUGGACUUGUUAAAUUUCAGCUGCUCACUCCCGAUCCUCCCGCUGCUCCCUGUUUGACGAGCUGAAGGUUGAUUUAUGAAGGGAAGGAGAGAAGAACAAGGAGGAUGAUGAAAAAUGUUGGGACACAUCCAGUCAGUAUGCUUUUUUUUUUUUGUGCUGUUUUUGUUGUUUUAGCCUCCUAAGUAAUGCAAUAGGGGCAGAGAAAUGGAUACGGAGAGAGAGAUCUCCCCCUUUUUUUUUCCUCACGUCAGCUGUCAUUGUUAUUCUUGAAACUGGAGACUUAAAAACACUGCAGCUCCAGGCAGUUUGCCCAAAACAUCAUUUCAUUUUUAAUUUUUUUAUCUUUUUUUGCAAACAGUCCAUGUUUGGGCUCCACACCAAAAUGUCCUCUCUGUAUUAGUGGUCAAAGAUUGGCUACAAAGGCAAAUCUCUGUCUCCAGAGUGUUUUAUUUUCAGUGUUCCAGUUUCAAGUGACCGACAGACUCCAAGUGGUCCUCAGAAAAAAUAUUUCCCAGUACCUCAGCAGUGUGUAAGAAG